UCAUCCUCUCAUAGAGCUGACUUUGCUUUGCUAAUUCUACAAUAUGUCUAUUCUGGUGCUUAAUGAACCCAUGAUGUGCUCUGGAAAAAUAAGUUUGCCCAGUGUUGUUUACACACUUUGGACAGUUUAUUGUGGAGCUGAAAUAUAGAGAAAAGUCCCAAGUCUCCCUGCAUGCUGAAGAGUCCUUGAGCAAGGCACUGAGCCUCAAAUUGCCAUACCAGUGAUGUAUGAUCAAGGGUAUGAACAAGAGGUUUGAGUGGUCAUCACUCAAUCAUGACUUAAUUUUGUCAGACUAGCAAAGUGCUAUAUAAAUACUGAACCUUUACCAUUAACAUCAGUUCAAUCAUCUGACGAUGUGGUUAGGUCUAACUAGGGUUAGGGUUAGUUCGAUUUUUGGAUCGUUUAGAUUAGAAAAACCUUAAUUGUCAUGAAACAAUGCUAAUCACUUUUUUAAGUUUAGAUAAUAUGGUCAUGGUCAAAUUACAUCCAGAAGAAGCGUCUGUAAGAAAUUGUGUCACGAAGGGUGGUCCGCAAUUGCUAAGUCCCACAUUCCAGGUUCAAAGUCCACAUAGGAAUUUAUUCAACAAACAAUAUGAUUCAGAAAGUCAGUUCCCAGCAGGUUAUGAGACAGGUUGUGAUGGAUUUAAGAUUUGAAUUAGCAGUACUAUAAAAUACAUUAUUAUUAAUUAUCCCGGGACCUUUGUUUUAGUCUGCGUUAUAAAGCCCUCUCUAUCCCCAUGUUUACAUCUUCACUCUGAGUUAGCCCGAUUCAAUUUAGAAACCAUCACCCGGUAAGUUCACGCAUGCAUGCAUCAGUAAAGGAUGAUGUUUCACAGGGUAAUGUUUCUUCUUAUAGGAUUCACUGCUGUCCUGCUGACAUCUAAAAGGUGUCCAAAAGGUUCGGUCUCUUAGAAUCCGCUCCCCUCAGUAGUGUGGAGGAUUCCCCAUGCUAUCAAGUUAUGGAGCCAAAGCGCUUAUAUGAUGGAGGAGGGAACAUGACACCGCAGGCUUCACACACCGACACAAACACAGGGCGCGCGCACAUACAUACGCACACGUACACAAAUACACUUACACGCACACACCGACACCGACACACACUCACACACACACACACACAUACACACAUACACUACACAUCUGGAGGUAAAGUAGUCAGUCCACACCUGUCUGUCUUAUACAGCAGGACGCACGGUAACUCUCUGGGCUCAUCAGAUGCUUGUCUGGACUCACUCGCUUGGCACGGCUCGGCUCGGCUCAGCGCUCUCUCUCUCUCUGACUGUCUCCAGCCAUGAGGAGCUCCGGGAUCCGGGCUGCGCCACUAUGCCGCGGGAUAUGAGCGACGAAGCAACGCAGUGCUGCGAACAGAACGUCCAGGUGCCAGUGGAUUAUCAGAGCGCCGGAGGUACAGCUGGCUUUUCCCAUUUACGUCCAUGAUCAGACGGGACAGCACACUUGGCAGAGAUGACAAAACCUGGUGGAGGCAGGAGGCAUCAACAACCCAGCAUCACCUGAAGAACUGGAAGGUGUUGUUAUGGGUGGUGGCUUCGUUGCUGACACUGGUGGAAGAUGUGUUUUCUGAGGACAGUAAAGAGGCUCAGUCGGAGAUUCAGCGUGUCCUCAAGCAGCCCUCCUGGUAUCCUGCAGAGGACCUGGAACAGGACAGUAGUGUCCACAUUCCCUGGCCUGAUGCCUUUGAAGAAUUGUCACUGUCGAAAGAAGAGGAAAUUCACCAGGAUAGAUGGCGGCGCUCCCCCCGUGAACCACACUUGCCCAGAACAUCAAGGAAGAACCGCACGAAGACCAAAAGCAGCCGUGACUGCCAUUUGGAGAGGAAGGAGAUGAGGGUGCGGGAUCUUGGCCUCGGCUAUGACUCAGAUGAGAUAAUCCUCUUUAAAUACUGUGUUGGCACAUGCCACAGCUCCCGCAGGAACUAUGACCUGGCCCUCAAGACUAUGAUGGACAAUGGGAGCAUCUCCGGAAAAAAGGUCAGCGGUCACCCCUGCUGUCGGCCUACCCGCUAUGAGACUUUGUCCUUUAUGGACACCCAAACUACAUGGCAGACAAUUAAGUGGCUCUCUGCAGCCAACUGCAGCUGUGUGGGCUGACUGCAAAGAGGAGUGUCUAUCACAAAUGCACAAAUUCCCAUAAGCUCUUGUAUGGAAGAGCAGGAUAUUGUGAGGCCUGGUAUGUACAUUGGGUGACUCACGCCUUGUUCAUGUGGUCUGAAGCCAGGGCCUCAGUUGGGAUCCACAGUAGUGUGGACAAAGCCUUCCCUUCGUUCAUAACUCAACUUCAUCGAGGUUUAGAUACUUCUGGACAGAGUCUGAUGGCAACUGGUUACAUUUCUAAGCACACAUCUUGAGUUAUAUCAGCAGAAUUCAUAAUACAUCUUUUUGAAAGGGAGCUCUCCCCAGUUUUCUGAUAAUUUAGCUGAUUCGUUAGUCCUACAGUGGAAGGGACUAACGGGAUGCAGAAUUAUUGGAACAGGUAUGGAGGGUAACAUUUGAUUUAAUUUGUUUUUACAAGGGAUUACUUUAAGCAAGUUAAUUAGCAGAAACUGAAGCAUUAAUAAUAAUUAAUCUGUGCUGAGACGUUCAUAAGUCUAAAAGCCAAAACCCAAAGACUAUCCAAUUACUUCUUAUCACUUAUUAAUGAGCCCUGUAAGGUUGUUCAUUUCAAUUAACGUGGAGAGCAGAAACACCACCAGCAUCAAUUCAGUAGCAUUAGCAUUCAGAGAAACAAGUGUUGAUGACAAUAUUGACCUAUGACAUUGUGAAGAAUGAUUUGUUCUCCCAAAUUCAAGGCAAUGGUAUUAUUUACUUUGUGUUACAAUUUUUGUAAUGUUACUUACUCUAAAUGUUCACUUACUCUAAAAGAAAAAACAUUUCUAGCUAAACUAAGGAUAAUGUGUUUGAAAAUUACAUCCACAUCAUCCACAUGCCUUGUUUGGAUAUGUCUCUUGCUUGCUUGAUUUAUAUAUAUCCACUAUUUGCAAUUAACAAUCUCCUCUUAAUUAAGCAACUGUAUGAAAAUUGCCAAAAACAAGGAAUUAUGGUUUUUCUUUCACUUUAAUAACAAGGUACAUUUGCUUUUGUUGAAUCUUUAUCAAUCAAGAGUUUCAAUGGUGAUUCAUGCUCUGUUUACCACAGCUCAAAAGGAACUGAGGGUGAACCCAGGAUGUCACUCUGACAACAUUUCAGACAAGCAUUUUUAUAUAAUUGGAAAUUAAUUCAGGCAAUAAGGGGUUAAAAGCAAAGGGGCUUGCUGGUCCUUGUGUAUUUUGGCCUCCUUUGAGACCCUCUGACAAUCGACACACCAAGCUCCACCCUCAUCUACAUGAGUCUUAAUGUUAUUUUCCAAGAUAAUUUAUUGGAAACUUGGUCCAUUAUCUCAGACAAAACCUGAUUAGGUGUGAAGCUACCACAUUUAUGUAUCCUGAUAAAAAUGUGAACCACUGGUGUAACCCUGAAAAGCCAGGGUAUAACCCUGAAGGUAUGUCACUAACCACAUGCCACUCGAGAACUUGUUUUAGCUCAGGUUGUUUGUAAUUCUGUCGACAGACUAUAGUAGGAUGCCAUCAUAAAUAUAGUCCUGAGCCAAACGUCGGCCUGACUGACAGACUUUUCACCACUUGGGCUAUUUUCAGAUAAGCUGUGACAUGAUACCACUCAGUCGACCUGUAGUUUAACAUAUGUAGUACAGCAAAUGUGAAGAAGAGAUUAUGGUAAUGAGAACUAAACUAUGCUUACGGCUAAUGACAGCUGAUAAUAUAACAAACUACCUACUAAAUAAAUGUAAAAAUCAAAAUGUUGAAUAAAACAGCCUUUUGUACAUGAUACAUCAAUAUUGCAUUUUUUUAUGAAACAACCUAGCGUAUGGUUAUUUUUCAAAAGCAAAGAACAGGAAAUUAUCCUUUACUGGCUUCCCAACCAACACUUUCAAUCGUGUUUUUGCCAGCUCUUUGUAGGUGCCAGCGAUUUACAUGUUUGUGUGUCUUUGUACACACUGUUAAAACUUAAAUGUAUGCAUGAUACAUGUAUCCAUUAUCUAACUGCUUAUCAUUUUAGGGUUGAGGCGCUUACAUCUACAUAAUCUGCAGUUAUAACAUAUUAUUAGUAUUAUUACUAUUAUCAGUUUCAUAGUGUUAAAUGCUGGCUCUGGAUCUAAAUGUUAUGCUGCAGUAUCAAUGGUAUGAGAUGUUUAUGUUACGUCAGUCGACCACAUAUACUUUGCAGUUUCCAGCCCUUGCACAUCUGACCAGUUCUCAAGACAGUAUUCAUUCAUUCUACUUGGUUUGUUGCCACUGUGUAUCUCUGAAAAGCAUGUUUCCACAUACAGCACCAGGAUAACAGAGCACCUCACUACUAAGCUCACUGAAAGACUUAAUUUUCCAUUGUUUUUUGUUAUUGAAGAUUGUCUGAAGAAUUCUUACAGCCAAGCCCUCACAUGAAGCUGCACAUUUCCUUUCAAUUACUUCUCAUGUUUUUAUGACAGGAGAAAAUAGUGAUGCUAGUGUCCGAACAAAAUCCCACAGGACCGGCUCAUUGUAUCAGGAGAAAAAACAUUCUUUGAAAUUAAUAAAAGAGUACAAGUCUGAAUCUACUCAUAGCUUUGGUAACAAACUUGUUUUUUGCAACAAACAGCUGCAAACAUAUACAUAGCCAGCCAGAUGCAUCAUAUAAGUAAAGCAGACAGCUUUGGACUCGCUGGAUUGUAUAUCCUUUCAGCAUAAAAGAGCUAGGCUAAGUGUUUGAUUGGACUAAGGGUGCUUCUCAUUUUUUAUCAGUUACUUCCAUAUAAGAAUGUUCGAGAGAGAUACCCCUGAACUGAUAUGUGAAACAGCAUGUCUUUCUGAUAACGAUGACACAGCUAAAUCAGUCUUCAAGUGUUAACAGCACGGUAUGACCCAAUGUGUGUAUUUGCAAAGAUUAUGUGAUGUGUUUUCCAAUAAUAAUUUUUGCUGCUCUUUCACCCCAGAUAGAUGUUUUGAUAAUAGUCAGUUGUUAUGCCUCCACACCAGCAAUAGCCAGUGGCCCAUGGAAUUACGUGAAACAUUUCGUGAAACUUAUGAAUGCUAUAUCUCCGAAAAGAUUCAUACAGACUUAAAUUGAAUGUCCUCGUCUAGGCUCUGUGAAUGAAAUCCUGUGGCACACUGGAGUGUCCCACCUAACCUGGUAAUUUCUGUUUAACUGUGACAUGGCAGCUAAGAGGAUCAAAGCAAUGAAAAAAAUGUAGUUGCACUCAUUAUUGAUUAAGGACAGAGGAUAUCACACCAUGUUAAUUUUAUACAAUGAUGGAAACUAAAGGCAGUGCUGUGUAGUAACCAGUAAGAGCAGGUCAGGGCUACUUUCUGCUGGACAACAUAGAGAUGUAGCACACUUCCUCACUUUGCUGUGAUUUGAUUUUUAUUUGGCAUGGAAAAUUCACAAAACGCAAUGAAAUAUGUUUCUAGCGAGGCUAAAACAUUAUCACGUUAACAUUUGUUUUGAAUUUUAAUUUUGACAUAGUGAUACAUAGUAAUUUUUUCAUUUCAGUUUUUCAUUACUUCUACGCGAAAUUUUUCAUUUUGAUUGAAAAAGUUUUUACAACUGAAAGACAACAGAUUGUUCCUCUCCCUGACCAUUAAAUUAUCCAGGUUAUCAUGAGAAAAUAGCCAAGAUAAAUGAAUGAUGAUGAUGAAGUUGUUUCAUGUUUUGUUUAUCAACCGACUGUUAUCCAGAAAAAGGACAUGGAUUGAGGAAAUUGAUAUGAUGGCAGAGGAGUAGGGAGAACGAAAAAUAAGAAGCACCCGAAACAGAGGUGAUAUUGGUUUCAGGCUCAUUUGACUGUCCACAGGCAUUUUUCUCAAAAUGUAGAACUCCUUAGUAUACUUCACCAAAAACAAAAGUGAUAUGUGAGAUUCUUUGAUUAUGAAAAAUAAUUAUCUGUUUCGAAAUAUUGGUUGAAUGUGCUUUUGCCGUUUGUAGUUAAGUGAUUUCUGAGGCCUUUUGUGACUGUUCAAGUCAAAAUGUAACUUCUCUAUUAGAUGCUAUGCAUCAUGUUGCCUUACUGUACAUAAGAGUAUUUAUUGUUUUAAAUUAUUUAAUUUAUUAUGUAUUUGGAUAAAUUUGGUCGCAGGAUGUUUAAUCUCAAUGAAGUAGCCAGGUAUUACUUGUAUUACAUAUAUACCCACAGUUCUGUGAAGGUCAGAGUUCAGACUUUAGCUUAAUCUUCCGUGUCACCUACAAACUAUGUUUCUAUACAAAUUUGUGUCCUGUCAGAAAUAGAAUCCGUCAUUAUUGUCAGAGUUUGUUUUUUUUCAAUGAAUUUAUCAGAAGCAGAGGAGUCUGGUGUAGGGGGUUGAUGUGAUAUCAGAUGUAGGCAGUGCAUGACUCACUGUCGCUGGGUUCUGACACUCUGCAUAAUGCUCAUCAACAAUGGUUGCUUUGGUUGAUUAACAGUGAACAUUCAUGUUGUGUCUAGAGUCACUGUGAACUUUUACUCAUGAAACUAGACUACUGAGCUUUCACUGACCUUAACUAAGAGCUUUUGCUUAAUAACAGUUGAGUCACUACAAGGGGAGGUUGUUCUACGACAACUAACACUGUGAACAUCUGACUGAUAUGUUCAGUAUCAGUGCAUUAGACAAUUUUUUAAUUUAUUAGUCAAGUAUAUAAAUAAAAAUGUCCUCAUUGUGUAUAUAGGAAACAUAAUCCUGUUGUCGUUACAUGUUAUAUCAAAUGUAUUGCUACUGUUUCUGUAUAGACACAUAACUUUAGGGAGAAAGGGUUGUUCAAUUCACACAUGUUACAAUCAUUCAGGCCCAAAACUUGCUUAUAACACAUGUUGAGCAAGACUCCUUCAUGCCCUAACCACAACUGGGUAUUUGUGUAUAACACGUCUUUCAUACACAUUCAAUGUUCUGCCAGUGGACACUACCAAGGUCUGCUGUAGUGCUCUUACACUAGGAUCGGCACUGUACUGUAUAUCUAAACCCAGUAGUACAGUAUUCACCUAUUAACCUCACAUAAGAAGUGUUCAUAGUCUUCAUAUUCAUCAUGGUACUGUAUUAUCUUGAAUAUAUUCAGUGUAUUCUAAAAAGCCUUCUGGCCACUGUUUUGUACAUUGUUAGUAAUAAAACAUUUAAAACUUU